CAGGCCAGUGGCCCAUGAGGACUUGCACAAUAAGACUUGCAAAAGGGGAUCUUACUUACAAUACUCUCUUUAUAAAUAUUUUCAGUCAGGGUGACUUGAUAGUUCUCUAAAGUUUACUAAUGCUAUAUUUAUGCUGCAGUUUUUCCUGAUGUCCGCCGCCCUCGUGGCCGUAGUCAUGGCCGAGGCCCCCGCCGCCCCCGCUGCCCCCGCUGCCCCUGAGGGAUGGCGCCCCUCUGGCCGCUUGCUGCUGUUACCAGCUCGUCUGCAGUACCCCCUGGAAGCCGACCAGGGUACUUCCACCACUACUCAGUCUCCUACAAACACCACUCAGUCCCAGUCAGACGAGAGCCAAUCAGAGAAGCUCCUGGAUAGCGGUGAAUACUACGUGCUAUUGCCUGAUGGUCGCCUCCAGAUGGUCAAGUACACGACAGCCGCUAUCCGGGAAGCCGAGGAAGCAGCCUCCAACAGUCAGCAGGCUGCUGCUCCAGCUCAGCAGCAGCAAGCCUUCCAGUACCGCAGCCCAUUCCCUGCUGGCUCCAGCAACUUCCAGCGACAACAGCAGAAGCCAGCGGCAGCUCCCGCUCCAGCCCCGGCUCUACCCGAACCGUUCGCUCGAUUCCAAAUCGAGUACCUGCAGUUCCCCCAGCCCCAGUACGCCCAGCAGCCGGCAGAGGACAAGCCAGAGGAGCCCAAGUCCGCCCAGAACAAGGCCGAAGAGAAGGAGGAGGAGGUGUCCGGGUUCGAAGCCAAUGUGCAGUACCGAGAUGUCAAACCCAUCUCUGCCCCUGUCUACGCCUACAACCAGAGUCCUCUCGUCCGUAUUCUGAAGAAGUAAUUUGAAAGACUACUCAAAAGGGUUUAUGAAUGCUACUACAGCAAACUGUAAAUACUGUUCAACGUGGUUAUUUAAUUUGUGUAAAGUUUUAACUUAUUAUUUAAGGACAUGUUAGAAAAAAAAUGUUUUUGAAAUUCAGUUAAAAAUAUACAGAAUAU